AUGGCUAUCAGACGACCACCGAUACUAAUCGUCGUCUUCCUCGUCAUACUAACCGCCGGCGUGAGAAUCGCCACCGCGGAUGAGCCGGUCCCUGCGCCAUGGCCGCAUCAAUUCCACGCGCUAAUGUUCAUGAAUUACUCCGGCGACCUCUCGAUGAUCGACCUUUGGUACGACUGGACCAACGGUCGUAAUUUCAAUAUCAUCCAGGAGCAGCUCGGUGGCAUUACCUACGACCUCGAAUGGAACAAUGGAACCUCCUUCAUCUACUCGCUCGACGAGUCAAAAUCGUGCCGCUCCGCUCAACUCGAGGUUGGAAUCCUGCGACCGAAUUGGCUAGAUGGAGCCAAGUAUUUAGGUCAAAGACAUGUGAAUGGGUUUCACUGCAAUGUAUGGGAGAAAGUAGACUUUAUAUGGUACUAUGAAGAUGUCGAAACCAAGAGACCCGUGCAAUGGAUCUUCUAUACAGGGAGAGAGGCUCAUGUGAUGACAUUCGAGGUUGGUGCGGUCUUAGAGGAUGAGAAAUGGCAAGCGCCGGUUUAUUGUUUCAACAAAGAGAAGAAGAAGAAGAAGGGUUUAUCUUUAGAGGGAGGUUUAAGAGAGUUUAAAGGAUACAAAGAAAAAGCUGUUUUGUAA